CAUAAUCAUUGUUCUUUUGACAGAGUGGCGAAGAGUGUUUUUGUGGAAAUAAAAUAAAGUUUUAUAACAGGACAGCAUCUUGUACCUACAAAUGUGAAGGUAAUCCGGAUGAAUACUGCGGUGGUCAUUGGAAAAUCAUGAUAUACGACACACAGACAUAUGAAAAUACGUCGACAACAUCAUCUACAGAAAUAAGUGCGAGUACACAUCACGUGACUGAGACUAGCAAAAGUACCAGUUCACAGUCGAGUGUAAAUCACGUGACUGAGACUAGCAAAAGUACCAGUCCACAUUCGAGAGUGAAUCACGUGACUGAGGCUAGCAAAAGUACUAGUCCACAGUCGAGUGUGAAUCACGUGACUGAGGCUAGCAAAAGUACCAGUCCACAGUUGAGUGUGAAUCACGUGACUGAGGCUAGCAAAAGUACUAGUCCACAGUCGAGUGUGAAUCACGUGACUGAGGCUAGCAAAAGUACCAGUCCACUGUCGAGUGUGAAUCCCAUGAUUGAGACUAGCAGAAGUACCAGUCAAAAGCCAUCAACAAAUCAUGAUACUUUAUCUACACAUAAACCAGUUAGGAAAACGAAUACAGAGGCGCGUUCAGGAAGGAGAGUGCCCUGCUAAAAAUAGAGUGCUCGUCUCCUGAACGAGAGCGCGCGAGAGUGUUAUCUGUGAGCGCACGCGAAUCGACGAUAAAGGAGAUUCGCUUGGAAUUUCAACAUGGCGGACAUUGGAAGUUUACGCGAG